AGCAGUGAACUAAAGCCUGCCUUCCUGGUUGGAGCUGUUUGAGCUCUAACUGCUGGAGAUGAGAGAUGCACUACACAGAGCGCAGAGCGCAGAGCACAGACGGAGCACAGCAGAAACCACACUCACUCUCAGCAGCCUCUUAUGGACACCGGAGCUUAGACUUGGACAGUUAGGUUAAUGCCAAAGCUGGAGCACUGCCACAGCAAUGAAAAACUGCAAAGGAUGGAUGCUGGAAGGGAUGUUUUAGAAAAGUGAAGCAGGCGCUGCUUGGAAAUGAAUGAUGAUGAUUUUCUCUGAAAAGCUGUGAUGUUUUGCAGAGCUCUUCUCUUCUCUCUUCCUCUUACGUGUCAUAUGGGACACACUCAGCCUCUCAGCCUCCCUCAGCCUCCCUCAGCCUCUCUCAGCCUCUUUCAGCCUCUCUGCUGGAUUCUGUUUUGUGACUUCAUCUCUUCGCUCUCAGUCUACUUGAAGAAGCAUGACUGGAUAUGUAGCGGCUGAAUUGCUCCGAGAUGGGUUUUUCCGCUUCUGCUCAUGGGAAAAUGUAGUCACUGGUACAAGUCUGAUGUUCCAGAGCACUCUGCUAGGACCCCUGAGCCAGACUGACGGUCCGGAUCGCAGGCAGCGCAUCCGCAGCCACAUCAGGAUGGUGAUGGAACAGCUGGAGGAAGUUCUGAUUGAGCUGAAGGAUGUGGCCAGAGAGCUCAGAGAGGUAGUGACUCAAAUUGACAAACUGACAGCUGACAUUGAUCUGGACACAGAAGACGACCCAGAGGAGGACAAAGUGACCCUGGCUUGCAGCAGUAGCAGCAGUGAGAGAGCACUGGGGGACCUGUUGAAAGCAGAGGCUUUUUCUAAUAACCGUGACCUACAUCACUUAUUAUAUUACCCUCUCCUAGACACUGCUAAGAGACAAGAAACAGUCCUGCAUCGGAGGAGCUGUGGAGACUUACCUGCUCUAAAUGGACCCAUAAAGGUCCCCUACAGUCCAAAGGCUUCCUGGCUCUUUGGCAGUGGAGAGAAAAUCCACUACUGUGAUAAAGCAUUGUAUCAUGCACUGUGCUGUGAUGAUGAUGAUUUUGAUGAAGAGAGUGGAGGCAGGAGAUCCUCCAGGUUCUCCUCCAAUGACUCUGUUUUCUCUUCUUCUCCGCCACGGCCUCUGAGAGUGGAGGCCUUGACGCCCCGGUCGGCCCGAAAAUGUCAUCUCAGCCCAGGCUCAAAGAAAAAAGUGCUGCGAAGCUGCAGCACUCAAACAGUUUCAGAUAAGAGCACACAAACUCCAUUUCCUUACAGUCCUGCCCGGCAAAGAGCUUCAAGUGACCACAAGCACUAAAACACCUCGCAAAUGUCCCACUGCUGAUAUGAGCUUUGACUUUGAACUGUUCAAUGUAUAUUUAUCUAGAAAAUGUUAAUGCUACAUCUAUCAGAAAUACUUAAUUGCACAUCAACUUCUUGCUAAUAAAUUCAUGCAGUUAGCUAUUUUUUCCCUUAUUUUUAGUGUUUAAGAUGUACUAGUUUUUAAAUGAUGUUUUUUGGUUGAAAGUAUAAUAUUCCAAUUCCCAAGUAAUAAAUCUACCCUGAAAUUUGA